AUGUGUUCUUGUGGACAAGAAACUCUCAGCCGCCACUCUUGGUGUAGCUACUGUCUACCGAUGAUGUAUGAAAAACAUGAGGACAAGGUCGAUCCGGUGGCAGAAAAGGCAAUGAAGGAGUUAAAGAAACAUUACAUGGUUUUCAGUGAGAAAGUUCUUUUUAGGAUCCCUCUUAGUUCCGUCAAGGAAAAAAUAGUUAAAUUGGGAAAAUAG